ACAAGUGCAGUUUUUUUGUCCAAAGUCAGGUAUGGAUUCCAAAUUAAUGAACACUUAUCCUUCCUCUUGGAUCAACUUCCAGCCAAAUUGGAAUAUUAUAAGUUUGUCUAAUCUGCAGUUUGCAAAAAAAUAUAAAACUUUAAAACAAAUUUUCAUUUUUAUCUUAACAGAAAAUCCCAGUGAAAAUGUCAUGUUACCACUAGAUGAAAAUAUCAUGCAGCGCUCUUCAGGACAAAACCUCAUUACCCUUAAUGUACAUCCAGGACUUCACAACACAGCUCUAUCAUAUAAUCCUCCUAAUUAUGAGGACCCUUCUCCUGACCAAUCACAGAUUGUUACCGCAAGUACAAGUCAGAAAAGGAUUAAUAGGUUUCAUUGUGGUAAAGAAUCCACAAACAGCUCAGGACUUUCUAAAAACAGACGUCAUAAAGGAGAGAAGCCGUAUUCAUGUUCAGAAUGUGGGAAACGUUUUAGACAAAAAUCUGAUCUUGUUCGACAUCAGAGAUGUCACACAGGAGAGAAACCAUAUUCAUGUUCAGAAUGUGGGAAAUGUUUUACAAAGAAAUUAAAUCUUGUUAAACAUGAGAGAAGUCACAUAGGAAAGAAGCCAUAUUCAUGUUCAGAAUGUGGGAAAAAUUUUAGACAGAAAUCAAAUCUUGUUAAACAUGAAAGACGUCAUACAGGAGAGAAGCCGUAUUCAUGUUCAGAAUGUGGGAAAAAUUUUAGACAGAAAUCAAAUCUUGUUAAACAUGAAAGACGUCAUACAGGAGAGAAGCCGUAUUCAUGUUCAGAAUGUGAGAAAUGUUUUAUAGAGAAAUCAAAUCUUGUUACACAUAAGAGAAGUAACACAGGAGAGAAGAUGCAUUCAUGUCCGGAAUGUGGGAAAUGUUUUAGACACAAAUCACAUCUUGCUACACAUCAGAGAAUUCACACUGGGGAAAAGCCGUAUUCAUGUUCAGAAUGUGGGAAAGGUUUUUCAGAUAAAUCACAUCUUGUUAAACAUCAGAAAAAUCACACAGGAGAGAAGCCAUAUUCAUGUUCAGAAUGUGGGAAAUGUUUUACACAGAAAUCUAAUCUUGUUAAACAUGAAAGACGUCAUACAGGAGAGAAGCCGUAUUCAUGUUCAGAAUGUGGGAAAUGUUUCAAACGGAAAUCAAAUCCUGCUGCACAUGAGAGAAUUCACACUGGGGAAAAGCUGUAUUCAUGUUCAGAAUGUGGGGAAUGUUUUUCAGAUAAAUCACAUCUUGUUAAACAUGAGAGAAGUCACAUAGGAAAGAAGCCGUAUUCAUGUUCAGAAUGUGGGAAAAAUUUUAGACAGAAAUCAAAUCUUGUUAAACAUGAAAGACGUCAUACAGGAGAGAAGCCGUAUUCAUGUUCAGAAUGUGGGAAAAAUUUUAGACAGAAAUCAAAUCUUGUUAAACAUGAAAGACGUCAUACAGGAGAGAAGCCGUAUUCAUGUUCAGAAUGUGAGAAAUCAUGUAGCAAGAAAUCAGAUCUUGUUAAACAUCAGAGAUGUCACACAAGAGAGAAAGCAUAUUCAUGUUCAGAAUGUGGGAAAUGCUUUACCCAGAAAUCCAAUCUUGUUAAACAUGAGAGAAUUCACACAGGAGAGAAGCCAUAUUCGUGUUCAGAAUGUGGGAAAUGUUUUACAGAGAAAUCAAAUCUUGCUACACAUGAGAGAACUCACACUGGGGAAAAGCCGUAUUUAUGUUCAGAAUGUGGGAAAUGUUUUACACAGAAAUCCAAUCUUGUUAAACAUGAGAGAAUUCACACAGGAGUGAAGCCGUAUUCAUGUCCAGAAUGUGGGAAACGUUUUUCAGAUAAAUCAAGUCUUCUAAACCAUAAGAGGCAUCACACAUGAGAGAAGCUGCAUUCAG